UCCAAUUCUCUCUCUUUGUUGUUACCAGCUCACUUUCAAGAACAGCGCAGAACUUACGAAGUUUCUCUGGAGCUACAACAAUAAUGGCCACCGGAGGAUAUGGCGAUGCUAGUCAGAAGAUCGACUACGUAUUCAAAAUCGUGCUAAUCGGAGAUUCUGCCGUUGGCAAGUCUCAGAUUCUCGCUCGUUUUUCUAGGAACGAGUUUAGUUUGGAUUCCAAGGCUACGAUUGGUGUCGAAUUUCAAACAAGAACUUUAUCCAUCCAGCAUAAGUCAAUCAAGGCUCAGAUCUGGGAUACCGCUGGCCAGGAAAGAUACAGAGCAGUUACGAGUGCAUAUUAUAGGGGUGCUGUUGGGGCAAUGUUGGUAUAUGACAUAACAAAAAGACAGACUUUUGACCACAUACCCCGUUGGUUAGAAGAAUUGCGUGCCCACGCAGACAAGAACAUCGUCAUCAUUCUAAUAGGUAACAAAUCUGAUCUGGAAGACCAAAGGGCUGUCCCUACAGAAGAUGCCACAGAAUUCGCCCAAAAGGAAGGCCUGUUCUUUCUAGAGACCUCGGCAUUAGAAGCCACAAACGUGGAGAAUUCAUUCAUGACUGUAUUGACAGAGAUUUUCAAUAUCGUGAACAAGAAUAACCUUGUUGCAGGCGAUGACCGAAAUAACAAUAAUAAUCCUGGGUCCCUUGCUGGUAAGAAUAUCAUUGUUCCAGGCCCGGCCCAGGAAAUUCCAACAAAAAACCGCGCUUGUUGUACGUCUUAGAGUGUCCCCUGCCCCGGUUCAUUAUUUUUCUUAUGUGGGAUUGUUUUGCAUUAUUCUGCUGUAUAUUGCAGUUAUCUGCUAUUUAUUUAUUUAAAAAAACAUU